ACCUUGGCUAGCAAAUGUCAAAGUAUCGUUAGAUGGUCGGCCAUGUUUGUUAGCAGUUUUGCGCUUAAUUUGAACGUAACGAACGCUUCCAUCGGCAACAGGAAAGACAACAACGAGAAUGGCACAAUUCAAGCAUCUGAACGAUCUAAACACUUUCCUGACCAUGGACGGGGAAAAUGCCAAAGGACCCGUGCCGCGAUGGCAACGCAAGCUGAACCUCUCCGGCGCUUCGACAAGCUUCAACAGCAGUGCCCUAGCGAACACCUCCGCCCGCCAGACGCUCUCGGUUUCGAUGACGGGCAAUGCGAACAACACGCUCCAGCUGUCCACCACCGUCAACUCGCUCAAAACGCCACGAAAGAAUGGCGGCAAGGGAACGGCGUCAUCGGCGUCGAAAAAGUCAUCCCAAACGCCGAGCAAGGGCCCGACGGCGUCCAGCAACAAUAAUGGCAACGCACAGAACCAGCCGGGCGGUGGCGAUCGCUUCAUACCGAGCCGCACGGCCACGGAUUUCGAUCUCGGGCACUACAUCGUAAAACAGGGCACUGCCAGCAACGAGGAGGGCGACGGGGGAGGUAAUGUGGAGAACGACGAGGGAGCGGCGGGAGGAGGAGGCUCCACCAGCAACAUUCCGGUCAGCCCGAAGCAGAGUGAGCGCAUGAAGAGCCUGUCGGAGGCGAUGCGGGGCUGUGAUAUUAGCAAGCAGCGAUUGCUAGCCUUCCGGACGAAGGUGCCGGCCCCGCCCGAAGGGCACGUGAACCCGCUGAAGGCGAUCUACUCCGUCAAGACGCCGAUGUCGGCGAAGAGCGGCAGCCGGUACAUUCCGAACGCGCCGGAACGGAUACUGGACGCGCCGGAAAUCAUGAACGACUACUACCUGAACCUGAUGGACUGGAGCACGGACAACGUGAUAGCGGUGGCGCUCGGUGCGUCCGUGUACCUGUGGAAUGCGGCCACCGGCACGAUCGAGAUGCUGUUCGAGAACGAGGGCAACGAUCACGCCUGUUCGCUGAGCUGGAUCCACGAGGGGCACAUACUGGCGGUGGGCACCAGUGCCGGCACGGUGGAGCUGUGGGACUGCGAGAACAUGAAGCGGCUCCGGGUGAUGAACGGACAUUCGGCCCGGGUCGGCGUGCUGGCCUGGAACUCGUACGUGCUGUGCUCGGGCAGCCGGGACGGCACGAUCGUGAACCAUGACGUGCGGACGCGCCAGCACAACAUCGGCGUCCUGCAGGGCCACACUCAGGAGGUGUGCGGGCUGAAGUGGUCGCCGGACGGGAAGUAUUUGGCCAGCGGCGGCAAUGACAACCUCGUGCACGUGUGGUCAGCGGCGCACGGUGCACCGCACGCCACCGGUGAACCGCUGCACGUGUUCAACCAGCAUCAGGCCGCCAUCCGGGCGCUGGCCUGGUGUCCCUGGCAGCCGAACGUACUGGCGAGCGGGGGCGGUACGGCCGAUCGGACGAUCAAGUUCUGGAACGUCGCGAACGGGCAGCUGAUGAACUCGGUCGACACCAAGUCGCAGGUGUGCGGGUUGCUGUUUUCGAAGACGUACAAAGAGCUCAUCUCGGCCCACGGGUACGUGAACAAUCAGCUGUCGAUCUGGAAGUACCCGUCGAUGAUGAAGCAGGUCGAUCUGAUGGGCCAUACCGGGCGGGUACUGCAGAUUGCAAUGUCCCCGGACGGUAGCACCGUGAUGAGUGCGGGGGCCGAUGAAACCCUGCGCCUGUGGAACUGUUUCGCGCCGGAUCCGCUGUUGGCCAAGAAGGAAAAGUCGGCCGUCCGGGAGAAACCGAGCUUGCUAAAGCAAAGCCUACGGUAGGGAUGAAGGAUACCGGUGGGAGAGGGAGAAAAGUGCUCAAUUCCUGGCGAAUGGAACCAGCCCAUCGAUGGUUUCGAUGGCAACGAGCGUCGACUUAGUGUGCCGUAGUUUUGAACAAACACAAACUGACUGAAAAUUGCGUGUAUUAGCGUAAUGGAUAAUGGUAGAUAAUGUGCUCUUUGUAUGCUUUUAA